AUGUCUUGUAGUGAGGAAUUGAGAAGGCAAAUAGAAUCACCUCAGCUAACCCUACUACAAUGUAUUAAUCUACUACGAGAAAAUGGAUCAAAUAUUGGAGUACAACAUGCCCUUGUUAAAAAAUUGAAUUUUUAUUCAUAUGAUGAGUUAGAGUUUUAUAUACCACAGUUUGUUCAACUUCUUGUCACCUCAGAAACAGACUCGAUGGCUUUAGAAGAAUUUUUGUUAGAAUAUUGUUUUGAUUACCCUCACUUCAGUUUAAUCGUCUUUUGGGUGCUUCAAGCUUUCUUAUUUGAAUUGAGGAACGAACCAACGUCAUAUGCCUUUCAAAUUGUUAGGAACUUUAUAAAUAACUUACAAAGUGUUUUAUUCAAUGUCGAAGACUUGAAUCUUAAACGUUCCGAAUUCAGAGAAAAUCUACAACCAUCCUUAGUUUUAUGUGGAGCAAUUGCGUCUUCAUUUGCAUUGCCAACUAUUAAUGAGUAUGUGACUCCAAUUAUCAAGUCUCAAGCUAAGCAACAAAAGUCAUUUGUUUUCAAAUUAGCAAAUUUUCAAAAAAACUUAACAAAGAAUUUGACCAUGAAAAAUCAAAAAAUUUCAAACCAAAUAAAUAAUAGCACGAAUGAAGAAGAAUUUUUACUGCUCAGCCGGGAAAUGAAAAGUCUUGGACCGUCAAAAACUGAUAGAAAAUAUGCUGUAAUUGUUCUGCCAGAUGAUUCUGAUGUUUAUACAACUGAUGAUGAUGACCAAAGAUCAUUGUCUAGAAAUGGAUCUUUGAAAGAAGCUGCUUUUGCCGAAGUUGGAGCCAAUUUGAAAGUAAAUACUGUUAUAAAGUCAAACAAAAGUCGAUCCAAGAACCCAAAUUCCGUAUCAAGUCCGUUGAACAUAUUGAAAACCAAACAACUAAACCGAAGCUCACAAUCGUUACCCGAUCUUUCACACAACUGGUCCAGACCUGAUUUAACAGCUACUGAAUCUGAAAUGUCUUUGCAAAUAUUAAGAAAUUCCACAGAAACUCAUUCAAAAAAGAAAAACUCGUCAGACGCUAAAUCGAAGCUGUUUCCGGAAUUAUUGAAGAUACUUAGGGUGAAUUAUUCGAAAAAAGAAACAGAAUUUAUAAUGUCCCUUCAGGAUAUUUCCUUGAGAAUGUCGCUGGUACCUAAAGCUGCUAGAGUUUCGGCUUUGCGAGCUGAAUUGUCAAUUAUAAAUGAUACAUUAUUGCCAUCGGAAAUAGACAUCCCCCAACUACUUCCCGUCACCAGCAAAAAGAAUAAAAAGUUUCAUCAAAUCUUGAAAUUGAACAUAAAUGAAGCAUGUGUGCUAAAUUCGGCGGAAAGAGUUCCUUACUUGCUACUUAUUGAGUAUUUGAGUGAUGAACUUGAUUUCAAUCCAUUCACAGAAUAUAAUCAAAAUCUCAUAAACUCAAGAUUACAAGCUGCGGAUAGGAAACGCAGUAAUGAAUACAAUCAAGGUGAUAAUGAGUCAGUCUCAAGUGACAUGCAAGGUAUUCCCGUUAUGGAAAACUUAACAGAAGUCCUAGUCGACGAGACGGAUUUAGGUGAGUUGCCUAUAUUAGGUUCUAGAAGUAUUAGUCGAGAUUGGACUCAGAUAAGAACUGAAGGAAACUCUAGAAGGUCAUCUCAAGACGAUGACAAAACAAAUCGUAUUGUCUCGCCAAUUAUAUCAGGAUCAGCUGAUACCCUGGUUCUAGCUGAUCAAAUGAGAAUAGCUUCAUUGAUGCUUCAACAACUACAAAACAACGGUCAAUCUAAUACUCAGCAAUUUAUUUCCAUUAAAAAUAGAAUAGUUGAUUCAAUGAUAAGCUUGCAAGAUCAAUUUGAAGCUAUAGAUUAUGAAAAGAUGAAGGAGUUAAAAACCGACGAGCAAGACGCUGGACAAAGAAAAAUGGAGAAUGAUUUCAAAAUCAGUGAGGAUUGGAAUGAGAAAAAACAAAGAAUUAGAAAAGCAAGUGCAUUUGGUCAUUUGAAAAAUUGGGAUCUUUGCUCAGUUAUAGUCAAAAAUGGUGAUGAUUUACCUCAAGAAUCAUUUGCUUGUCAACUCAUCACCAUGAUAUCUAAUAUUUGGAAAAAACAUGGUGUAAGGUUUUGGACCAAAAAAAUGAGAAUUUUGAUAACCAGUGCCAAUGCCGGAUUAGUAGAAACUAUAACGAAUUCAAUGUCAAUUCAUUCGAUUAAAAAAUCAUUAACGGAACUUUCUAUUGCAAGCGGUCAAAAUGCUAAAGGUAGAAUUUUUACAUUAAAGGAUUAUUUUGAAAAAUUAUUUGGAGAAGUUGGUAGUCGAAGGUACAAAUUAGCCCAGGAAAAUUUUGCAAAGAGUUUGGCAGCUUAUUCAAUUAUUUGUUAUGUGUUGCAAAUAAAAGAUAGACACAAUGGUAACAUUAUGUUGGACAAUGAAGGUCAUAUUAUUCACAUCGAUUUUGGUUUUCUUCUAGGAAACUCUCCUGGCUCGAAUAUAGGUUUUGAAGCUGUUCCAUUCAAAUUGACAUCUGAGUACAUUGAUUUACUUGGUGGAGUUGAGUCUGAAUUUUACAAACUUUUCGUACAAGUUUGUAAGGAUUGUUUUAAAGUAUUAAGAAAAGAAUCAGAUCAAAUUGUUAGUAUAGUCAAAUUGAUGCAAAAAGAUUCUAAUAUUCCUUGUUUCAAUAAUGGAGAGAAUACUAGUGUAUUGUUGCAACAAAGAUUACAAUUGCAAAUGUCUGACGACCUAAUUGAUCAGUUUGUCGAAGUUUCGCUCAUCAAUAAAAGUUUAAAUAGCGUAUAUACUAGAUUGUACGAUCAAUUUCAAAUGAUCACACAAGGAAUAUACAAUUGA